AUGAAGAUUAUCAUGUAUUGGUCGGAGGAACAGCGUGAAAAAGUCUGGGAACCACUGGGCAGCAGUAACCUCCUGGAUGAACUACGCGUCGAAGAGAGUCUUGUUGUGGUUCUGCAGACGACGCAUCAGAUCGAAGACCAAUUUCUCAGAUUCCAUUUUUCUUUCACAAAUUUCUAUGUAAACAAGGAAGAGAUGGUGUCAUUUGCCAAAUACAGCUUGGUGCCCACAGAGGAACCGAAGGAAAAUGUUGCCCCGCCUCCCCCACCCCAGAGCUCUGGGGCCUUCGACUACAACUCAGCGUUCAGUUACAAAUCUGCAUUUGACUACGGUAGCAAAACCACCAGUCAGUACCAGUCUGCAUUCGACUAUGGCUAUGGUCAGAGGGGACAUUCUGUUUCCCUCAGUCUGGGGGAAAAGGGUUUGUAGAGGCAUUGAUUCACCUUGAGUGUUCUUCUUAUUGCAUUUUUGAAACUUGCAUCGCUAGACUUGGAGUUGGGCAGAUAAAAGAUAAAAUUUUAUAAAAGGACCAAUGGGUAGCAUAUCGGUUGAUUGCAAUGGAGUAAUGUCCGUAGUUUGUGUUCUGUGCCCUUUCACUGGUUGGAUCUUUAGCCUCUUUUUUUAUUUUCCCUUCCCUUUAGUGGUGAGACCUUUUCAGGGAAUCACUCUUACCAGUUUUACAGGG